AUGCUGAGUCAGAACCGGAGCUUGAAGAUGCAGAGCGCUUCGCCCUCGUCCUCUGCGAAUACCACCACUAACACAGACGCCGACUUGCGCGCGCAGCUUGAGCUACUAAGCAAGCACACCGCGCCCAGCUCGUCAGACAACGCGACCGGCCCAGCCCGCGGACCUCGCCCUCAAGCUUCCCACCCUUCGAGCGCGUCACCGGCACAUGGCUACAGUAACGGCUCGACCUCGCCAACUGACGUCUUGCCGCCGAUAGUUAAUAACCACGCCGACCCGGAAGCGCACAUCCACCCUGAUCUCCGAGCUCGAAUCACGCACGCUCCGGCCGUCAAUAUGAUGCCCGCUGGCAUACCAGCUCAACCGCAGCAACAGAUCGCGCCUCCCGUGGCGGCUGCUGGUCCUUCUACUGCGCCCCCUAUCCACUCCCCUACAGAAAUGGAUUUGGACGACGGCGCGGAGGGUCGCAAAGCCAAGCGCGAAUUGUCACAAUCCAAGCGCGCCGCGCAAAAUCGAGCUGCCCAGAGAGCUUUCCGUCAGCGAAAGGAGGGAUACAUCAAGAAGCUUGAGCAGCAAGUUAGAGACUACAUGGAGAUGGAGGGUCAGUACAAGACAAUGCAGUCAGAGAACUAUGCGUUGCGCGAGUACGUGAUCCAUCUCCAGUCACGCUUGCUUGAUCUGCAGAGCGAGAUCCCCCAGCCGCCACCCAAUGUCAACCUCCAGCAACCGUCGCUCCCGCCCCCUUCCGUCCCGACAAGUGGCCCCGAAGUCGCGCCUAGCAAUGCGGGUGCUGGCCCUCUGGAGGCCGUUGCGCAGGCAGUGGCCGGUUUGCAGGCCCAGGAGCAGCUUGCGCAGAGAGAGCAAUUCACAAGCAAGGGUUUCCAGUCUGAGGUAGCGACCAAGGAGGAACCGCAACGCGAGGGUGAUGGGCCCGUCGACCCAUCGCUGCCGGACAGCCUACCGGCUCCGACUGCGUCCAUGUGA